GCUUCUUCAAGUCAGGGUGCAGCUCUGGUCACCUGGUGCCUCUUCAGCUCAAGCCCCGCAAAGCGUGGGGCCUGAAGCAUUCCCUGAUCCGCCUGUUCUUAGGAGACGGGAGUGUUAACAGCAGAACCAGAGGAGGAAAGUCCAUUUGCCGCUUGCUGGAGGCAAUGAGCCCAAAGACCCGCCAUCCCUGCAGUGUCCACCAGGUGCACAGGUUCACAUGGACAAACUGAUAACAAAGCAGAACCUCACCUGGAAUGAUGAGUUCUGGGAGAACCCCUGGGACAAGGGGGCCCUGGCAGUGAUCAUCUUAUUCAUUGCCACGGUUCUGCUUCUAAUCUUGUUUGCUAUUGUAUUUGGUUUACUCUCUCCACUUGAGGUCAACCAGUAUGAAGACUCAUGACCUGACUUUCUUGGGGCCACAAAGGGGGCUACCUGUCAUAUACUCUCAAAAAACCAUGUACCUUUUCUUCAAAGCCCCUUCAAUAGUCUGGAAUUAUACAUUUUCUUUGUGAUUAUCUGAUAAGUGCCUGUCUUCCCCACUGGACCAAGCACCAUCAAAGCAAGGGAUAGGUCUCUUUGUGCU